AUGACUCCCAAUCCAAGUAGGAUAAAUGAUGACCACAAAAGACAUAAAAUCCAUUCGUCAAUAACGGAAAUUUCUCAUGCCAUUGAUCGUUCCAUAAGCGAAGCUGUUUUCCCCAUCGCACAAACUUCCGAUGAAGAUCGCUACUUUUUAACUAAUCCAAGGCCUCCUUACCUGGAUGAUUUGAUUCAUGAAGCACAAGCUUUCAUCAAUUUACAGCAUUCUUUGAAGCGUGAAAGAAUUGUUCUUGUCACUUCUGGUGGUACUACAGUUCCAUUGGAGAAUAAUACAGUCAGGUUUAUCGAUAAUUUCUCUGCUGGAACUCGUGGGGCCUCAAGUGCUGAACAAUUUUUGGCUAAUGGUUACAGUGUGAUUUUCCUACACAGGGAAUUCUCUUUGACUCCUUACAAUAGAUCAUUUACUCAUAACGUUGAUGUAAACUUCCUCGAUUAUAUCGACUCUAAUGGAUGUAUUAAGCCUGAAUACAUGCAGAAUGUCUUAGAGAAGAAGGAACUAUAUGAAAAAUACACUAUACAGGAAAAAAAAUUGCUACUCUUACCAUUCACUACUGUUAAUCAGUACUUGUGGUCAUUAAAGAGUAUUGCAAAAUUACUAAACUCUACUGGAAGUCUAUUUUAUCUUGCUGCUGCUGUAAGUGAUUUUUUCGUUCCUUACUCUAGGUUGCCUCAGCACAAGAUUCAAUCAAGGGACUAUGGUGGUGAAACUCCAGCUCAGGAUUGUAAUUCAACCACUACUCCUGAUGGUAAAUUGAUUGUCAAUUUGGAUCCCGUUCCCAAAUUCCUCAGAAGAUUGGUCGAAGCAUGGGCCAGGCAGGCAAUGAUCGUUUCGUUCAAAUUGGAGACUGAUAAUGCUAUCUUGAUCAAGAAAGCCACUCAAGCACUAGAUCGUUACAAUCACCAAUUGGUUAUCGGUAAUCUUUUGCAAACAAGAAACAAAGAAGUGGUUUUUGUUAGUCAAGAGAAUAGGAAAGGCGAUUGGGUCAAAUUAAAUGAUUCACAUUCCGUUAUUGAAGAGAUGAUUAUCCCAGAAGUGAUAAAAUACCACAAUAAUUGGAUAAAAUCUCAGGAAAAUUAA